GGGCUUGGUGAGUGUCAAUAGCUGGCUGCUGUAUUCUCCAUCAGACUCAGAUUGGCUCUCCUGUACAGUCUCUCUGUCUGGGGAGAGGAGAGAGAGCAGAGUCAUGCCAAGAGCUCCAAUGGAAGGACAUUGGAGCCUUGGUGCCUUCAUGACAUUACUGUUCAUCAAUCUACUAGCAAUCUUCACUCUAAUUGGACUCUUCGUCUGGAACAAAAAAACAGGGUUCAUCAGGUUGUCAACAUCAGAGAAAAAUGACACUGCAGAGGGUGAAACCGAGUCUAAUGAGAGGCCAGCAGAAGAGGCAAAUCUUCUUGAAGAAGGUGUAAAGAAAACAAAUAUGGAAAAAGCAACACAGACAGAAUAUUUCCUGAAAGAAAGUGCUACCCAAACUGCACUGAGAGAAUCAUUUCCAAAAGUGGACGUCACUUUGGACCCGCUGACUGCUCACUCUUCGCAAUUUGUGUCUUGCAGUAAAAAGAUGGUUCAUUGUAAAAAAGAAAGAGAUCAAGCUUCCACAGCUUACUUUGUCCUUAGUGAGAACAAAUUCAGCUCAGGACAGAUAUACUGGGAAGUGGUGGUGGAUUCAAAGUGUAAACAGCCAUGGUAUGUUGGGGUAACCACCACAGACGCAGCCCAGGUUAACAAGGCUAUUGUCCCCUUAAACCCUGAGAAUGGUUUCUGGGUUCUUCGCUAUAAAAAGGGAAAAGGUUAUUGUGUCUCUACAGACCCUCCAACACAAUUAUCUGGAAGUGAAAACCUGGAAACACUGGGAGUGUUCUUAGAUUGUGACAGACAGAGUCUUUCCUUUUAUGAUGCUGAUUCAGGAGUACAUCUGUACAGUUUUGCUGACGUGUCAUCUUGCUCUAACACAUUCUUUGCUGUAUUUAGCCCUGGAUUCGACCAAGUUCCCUUCACAAUUAAAUGAUUGUAGAUGACAAAGGUGCAAACUUCCCACAAUAAUAAUCAUGUUAGACAUGACUGAAUAAAAAAAAUAGUCUGUUUAAUCAAAUCCAAUUUUAUUUGUCACGUGUCAAACACAACAGGUGUGGACUUUACCAUGAUUUUUUUUACUCAUGAGCCCUUUGCCAACAAAGCAGAGUUAAAAAGAAAACAAUUAGCAAAAAAUAUAUAUUUGCAUAGUAAAACAACAAUAAUGAGACUAUAUACAAGGAGUACCGGUAUCGAGUCAAUGUGCAGGGGUACGAUGGAGUUUAGGUAAUUGAGUUAAUACAGUAUGUACAUGUAGGCCGGGGUAAAAAAUUACUAGGCAAUCAGGAUAAAUAAACAGAGUAGCAGCAGUAUAUUUGAAGAGUGUGAAGGAGUUUGUGUGUGUGGGAUCAAUAUGCAUGUGUGUGUGUGUGUGUGUGUGUUUGUGUAUGUGUUGGAGUGUCAGUGUAGUGUGUGGUUAGAGUCCAGUGAGUGUGUAUAGAGCCUGUGCAAGAGAGUCAGUGCAUAAAAAAAGGUGUUCAAUGCAAAUAGUCCGGGUAGCUAUUUGAUUCACCGUUCAGCAGUCUUACGGCUUGGAGGUAGGAGUUGUUCAGGAACCUUUUUGGUCCCAGACUUGACACUCCGGUACUGCUCGCCGUGCGGUAGCAGAGAGAAUAGUCGAUGACUUGGGUAGCCGGAGUAUUUGACCAUUUUUAGGGCCUUCCUCUGACACCGCCUGCUGUAGAGGUCCUGGAUGGCAGGGAGCUCGGCUCCAGUGAUGUACUGGGCUAUCCACACUACCCUCUGUAGAGCUUUGUGGUCGAACGCCAAGCAGUUGUCGUACCAAGCGGUGAUGCAGCCAGUCAAGAUGCGCUCACUGGUGCAGAUGUAUAACGUUUGAGGAUCUGAGGGCCCAUGCCAAAUUAGUUUGUCCUCCCGAGGGGGAAGAGGCGUUGUCGUGCCCUCCUCACGACUGUGUUGCUGUGUUUGGACUAUGAUAGGUUGUUAGUGAUGUGGACACCGAGGUUCAUCGUUGAUGUGAAUGGGGGUGUAAUCGGCCCUCCGUUUCUUCUAAAAGCUCAUUAUAACUGAGACACUAACAAAAAAUUGUAAGACAUACAUUUAAAUGCACACAUCAAAUUAAACACUUAUAAAUGUCAAUUGAAAAUGUUACUUGAAAUCCUAAUCAAUACCACUCAGUUGUAUCGAUGUUCAAAUAUAUGUCGAUAUUUUAUCACAAUAACAUCCUCCACUGAAGUGUAAAUCAUAUUCUACUACAGUCGGGUCCUAAAUUAUUGUCCCCCUUGAUAAAGAUGGGCAAAAAAGUCUGUAUAUAAAUAAAUUACAAAUACUGAGCAAUAUUGUAUGCUUAAAAAGUUAAUUUAUAUUAUUUUAAACUAAUACUCAGAAGUCGAUUUUUGUAAUACAAAAACAUGUCAAAAAGAUGGGGUAAAAAUGAUUGGCAAAAAUGUAUUCAAUACUCCAGCAUCGUCCUCGUGUGAGGAUAAUAGCAAUGAGCCUAAUCCUAAAAUAUUUUAUGAGUUUGGAGAACACAAUGGGAGGGAUGCUAGACCAUUCCUCCAUACAGAAUCUUUCUAGAUCCUUGAUAUCCUUUGUUUGCUCUUAUGGACUGCCCCCUUCAAUUCAAACCACAGGUUUUCAAUCGGGAUCAAGUCCAGAGACUGAGAUGGCCAUUGCAUAAUGUUGAUUUUGUGGUCAAUCCACCAUUUCUUUGUGGAUUAUGAUUUGUGCUUGGGGUUAUUGUCUUGCUGACGGGGUCACCUUGGGGUCAUGAUAGGGGCUGCACCAAAUGAUUGAUGUAUUAUAAUAAUUGAUUAUGCUUUUGUUGUAUUAAUAGAAGGGGAAGGGCUAUAAGACCCCUCCCCCACUACAUUUAUAGGGCGCUGGACCAAAGAUGAGCAAUAUAUGCAUUAAUAAGGUUUAAAUACUGUUCCGCGGUUCUUUUCUAGUCUCUGCCUCUUAUAAGAAAUGGUCUGAGAGAUGUGUGAGUUAUUGCAGUCAAAACAGGGUGUUUGUGAGAAAGAGCCUCGGAGCUAAAAGAGAUUCAUAGACACAGAACCCUGCAGGGGAGUGAAAGAGACAAGAGACAAGUCAGACCUAUCACUGUAAGCCACACAGGAGCGGAGAAUUGCUGCUGAGCCCUUAGAAAACAGUGGAACUAUUAUUCUCUCCUGCAGGUUUCUAUAACUGUAUGUGCAUGGGCUUGGUCUCAUGAGUAGAAGGUGUUGACUUAGGCAGAUACAUCACUAGGGGUUGACUGCAAGCAUAUUAAGGCAACGUUGACCUUUUUUAUGUUGCAGAACUUACUCGGAAAAAAACGUGUGCUAUGUUGCCAUUGUCUGUCUGCAACAUCUGUCUGCAAUUGCAUUAAUAAAGGUUUGAUUGAUUUCCUUAAAGAUAUUUUCUGAUUGCACCAAUAAGCAAAUGAUUGACAAGGAACAAGGAACCUUCCCCAACAAGACCAAGUUUCAACCUCCCUGCUCCUUAAAUUUGGCAAUACAUUAGGUAGGCUAUACAUUAAUAGAUCAUUUAAGGACUACUGGCCCAGAAAGAUCAGACUUGUUACAGCAAGUAUGAGCAACAAAACCAAAAGAGAGAGGCAUCAUCUCUCCCAAACUCAACCUAAAAUGUCAUUGUGAUUGAGUCAUCUGUUUUAUCCAUUGUCUAAUGCAGCGUUUACUAAUGUAAAGACAAAGAAAACAGAGAUCAUGUCCAAAAUGUACUUUAUUUUACAGGGUGAUAUAAUGAUGCAUGGAGCAAACAUGGGAUGACUUAGUGAAAUGUGGUAGAUUUGAAAGCAUCUCUGUUUUCAUCCCUCUCUGUACCCUGGUGCAGUGGAACGUAUCUUGUUCCGCCUCAGUGUAGCAUGACUCUGGAUAGCUGAACUCCGGAAAGUAGUGAAAGGACAUGCAGAUGUCUGUGGGACGUUGGUCAGACUGAAAACGAUUUAUCCAAUGUGCAGAGAUAUACUGGUGUACUUUUGUGUCUUCCUACUUAUUGUUAUUCAAAAGGCACUCACACAUCUAUCUUUGUUGCGGGUGCAUGGUAACAGUUGAAUAAGCUGAGAAAAAAAAUAAGAAACCUGCACACUGCUCUUGCUAGUAUCACUGCUCUUUAUGAAGCUUUUACAUAUCCGAGCUUUACAAAAAUACAUAAACUAAAUUGUUUUAACUAUACAGUGCUUUUCUAGUCAGAUGACCUCUUUACCUUUAGCUUAUAUGGGGUUUAAAGCUCUUGCGGUGGCCGUGAGGCCGAUACGUAAAGCUUAAUAAAGGCCAGUGAUACUAGCAAGAGCAGUGUGCGGGUCUUUUCUUUUUCUUCUCUUCUUAUUUGUAUUGACAUAGUGUUCCUAUUCUGUUUUUUCACUUAUUUUCAAUUGAACAUUUCAUAAAUAUUUUGCUGUUUGAAAGGAGAGCUUGUAAAUAUGCAUUCUGUUGUGCUGUGUACAAUACGCUGUAUCGUGUGCACAUGAAAUCUUUUACUUUGAUGUGAUUUGAUUUCACAACAAUGUAUAGUGUUCUACA